AUGUCCAGGACUGCCAGGGUGGUCAGCCCUGGCCCUCUGGACCCAGAGCAGCUGUUCACCAAACUGGAGCGUGUUGGAAAGGGCUCCUUCGGGGAGGUCUACAAGGGUAUCAACAGCCUAACUCAGGAGGUGGUGGCCAUCAAGAUCAUCGACCUGGAGGAGGCUGAGGACGAGAUCGAGGACAUCCAGCAGGAGAUCACCAUCCUGGGCCAGUGUGACAGCCCUCACGUCACCAAGUACUACGCCUCCUACAUCAAGGGCACCAAGCUGUGGAUCAUCAUGGAGUACCUGGGAGGAGGUUCUGCUCUGGACAUGCUGAGGCCGGGGCCCCUGGCGGAGGCCUACAUAGCCACCAUCGUGAGAGAGAUCCUCAGAGGACUGGACUACCUGCACAGUGAGAAGAAGAUCCACAGGGACAUCAAAGCGGCCAACGUGCUGCUGUCGGAGCAGGGGGACGUGAAGCUGGCAGACUUUGGCGUGGCAGGUCAGCUGACCAGCACCCAGAUCAAGAGGAACACGUUCGUGGGCACGCCCUUCUGGAUGGCUCCGGAGGUCAUCCAGCAGACUGACUAUGACUUCAAGGCUGACAUCUGGUCUCUGGGAAUCACAGCCAUCGAGCUGGCCACAGGGGAGCCCCCCCACUCAGAGCUGCACCCCAUGAGAGUGCUCUUCCUCAUCCCCAAGAGCCCCGCCCCGUCCCUAAAGGGGGCCCACAGCAGAGCCUUCAGAGACUUUGUGGAGGCUUGCCUCAACAAGGACCCCAGAUUCCGGCCCACAGCCAAGCAGCUGCUGAAGCACAGGUUCCUGACGCGCUUCACCAAGAAGACGUCCCACCUGACAGAGCUGAUCGACAGACACCGCUGCUGGAGGGCACGCGUCCCUGACAACGCCUCCAGCUCCGAUGACUCAGACACGGAGGCUGAUGGAGGUGAGGGAGAUCAAGAUCCUACCUGGACGUUCCCCACAGUCAGACAGCGACCCCCCUCCACCCCCAAGCAGAAACACCUGCAACACCCCGAGGAGGUGAGACCUUCCACAGCAGAAGCAGGGAGACCACCACAGGCAGCGACGUCAGACAUCACUCCCAUCCUGCACCAGCUGCAGCAGGGCAGGGCUGGAGGGAGGGGCGUGGAGGAGCUGCAGAAGGCCAUCUCCCUGGCUGAAGAAUCGUGUCCAGGCAUGUCAGACCGCAUGCUGGCCCACGUCUUGGAGAGAGUGUGCAGGUUCUCGUCAAAUGGCAUCAGGUAUGACUUGUCACAGUAAAGGCUGUCCUCACCAGCGCCCCCCUCUGGUAGAGAGCUGUGUGGACAGGAUGUCUCCUCCGCUCCGCCCCUCGAGUGAUGCUGAACCUUCAGCCCAGACGGCCAGGCCCCCCUCAGACACACAGGCUCAGGACAGCGGUCCUCAGGGAAUAAUCAACGCUGACCAGAUUGCAUGACAUGAUUCUUAAUGUUGUCCAGGAAAACGCCACUAGGUGUGAUGCAGUGGAGAGUGUGUACGUACAGCAAGACGGCCAUCUUUAAGCUGCUCUGAAAUCAAGAGACAAAUCGAGGAGCUAGAACUGUUUUUAUUGUUUCCAUUUUAUUUGUUACUUUUGAUGCAAUAACAUGAGACUACAAGCAGGCCUCUCUGGGCCUUCAGACUCAUUACACAAUAAAUAGAGUUACACACUGUACAGCAGGGGCCAGGUGUGUGUGUGAGAGAGAGAGACAGAGAGAUACGGCAGGAGUCGGGUUUACAGGUGCCCUCUAGAGAGAUAGAGGGAGAGAGAGAGAGAGAACAUUCCAGUACUCAUAAAAAUAAAACCCAUGUAGUGUGUGUGUGUGUGUGUGUGUGUGUGUUUGUGUGAGAAACAUCAGUCAUGUCAGUAUGUGCUCAGUUAAUGAAAUACAGCAAGACAUAACCGUGUACAGUUCUCCAGUUCCUCCUCGUCUCCAGCCCUGCUCAAUCCCCUGGUCCAGACCGCAGGGUUAACACGGCCUGAAUCACCUACGUAAAAGUCACUAAAAGAAUAAAUGGUUUUAAUAAAGAUAACCCUGAUGAACUAAUAGCUUGUACCUCUAAACUGUGAGCCCAGCAGACCACAUAAUAGUAUUCAUAAGGGCUGUAGCCAGACUUGACAUUUUUUGUCCCCCAGAACCAGCGAGACAGGAGACCCAGUGAUGCUCCCUCCCCAUCUUUCAUUGAAAGAGUAACUGGAUGCAAAUGAUGUCUGUGUUUGACCAAUGAGAAGAGGUCAUGGUUUUAGAGCGGACUGAUUGAACGAAGGUAUUCAUUGUGAAUAGAACAUCCACAAACACAGGAAGUCCCUAAUACAGGAAGUCCCCGACACAGGAAGUCAGCAACAGGAGCAGAAAUUUGCUUUCCCCAAAUAACUUUGAGGGAAAAAUAUCCCCAAAACUAAUUAGGUUGGACAUUUCAGUGAA